AUGCGCUUCUCCACCCGUCUGCUCGCUUCGCUCCGCACCAUCAUCUCCCGGCCCUCCACCCGAUCCACCGCUAACGCCCUCAUCCGGCGCCCCGCGUUUCCCGUAGCCACCGCUUCCACCGUCCUUACAGGUCUACUUGUCGCCGCCGAAGCCCGCGAAAAGCUCAAUAGAGAGCCGUACCAGCACUCCGUGUUUCGAUAUGAAGGUCAAGGGGAUUCCAGAUUCUCAAUCAAAUCGCUGCGUGAGUUUCCGCUCGCGGCUUCAGACGCUGUCAGGGGGGGUUAUGAGGGGGUCCGGGAUAGCCUUAAGGACAGGGUGGAUACGGAAGGGGGAGCCACCGUCUUGAAGAUUAUCACAGCCAAUGUGGGGGUUUAUCUAUUAUGGAAAGCUGUCCCAACGGCAUUUAUGGUUCGGUAA